GAGGCUACACAAACAGAUUCUGAUCGCGCGACGCUCGUAGCGCAAGUGAAAGACGGGAGAACACGCGCGGCUCCUCUCGAGUCCUCAACAUGGGAGAACUGGCCUGAGCUUGCCGCUCGUCGCGGAUUUUGGCAGGGAGGCAGGCACGCCACCCCUUGGCGGUUUCAACUAGACACCACGUUUUAGGGGCGCCGUUUCCUAAAGUGGUGAGAUGAUGGCGACAGCUUUGCGGACAGCCUCUGCGCUUCAGGGAUUCCCCACCCGGCGCUCCCCUGCUCCCGCGCGGCUGCUGCUGCUGCCACUGCUGGCGCUACUGCUGCUCGCCGGCGGAAGCAGAGGCGGCGAGGGGCGGAAGGAGGGGCGGAGGGCGGAGAAAGGAGAGGAAGAGGAGGAGGAGGAGGCUCGGCGCGCAACGAUCGGGUUCCUGGCGCACGGGUGGAACGAUCUGAGGGAGUGGCGCGCGGGGCUGGUGAAGGGCGUGGAGUACUGCAAGAUCGACUUCACCUGGAUGCCCAAGGAGCGGUGCCAAGUGCAGGUGGGGUCGCGCUGGCGGUUCAACCCUCAUGGCUGCUUCGGAUUGGUGCACUCGCUGACGUGGCUCAGCCGCCAGCUCAACACCAGCGAUGACGUCAUCGCAUUCCUCCGCGACCCAGUCAAUCGCGUGCUUCUGACGCAUCCCCGCCCGCGGCUCUACAUUCAGCUCUGUCCCAAGAACCGUCCUUCUCUCUGCACUUCCGAUCGUAUGCACGCUGACGUCAUCAGCGAUGACGCGGCACGGGCCAACGCCGCUGCAGAGAAGGCCAUCAGCAUGCGCCCCAUAGUGCCACGUGGCAGCAGCAGAAGGGUGCUGCAAGGGACAGCACCUGGUACUACAGGCUUCUCCAGUGAAGCACACACUUCCAGUGCAGGUGCACCUGGUGCGGGCGCAUCUGGUGGGGGCAGUUUGUCCAGCGAGGGCGAUGGCAUACAGUGGGGGGACGAGGAGGUGCGCCAGUGGAUGGCGCUGUUUGACGACUUCUUCCAGCGCGCCUCAGCAGCCGUGCACGAGCUUGGGCUCAACGUCGACUUCUUCCUCAACGAUAUGGGUGGCAAGUGCGUGGCGCAGCGGUGGCGGCCGUGGGUGAUAGCAUGGGACGACAACGACCUCACCAGCAAGCCCGCCACCACCAACGACCCCUCGGAUGCCUCCGACCGCUUCCAGGUGCUGAACCACGAUGCCACAUUCACCUGGUGGGCGGCAGCAGCGGAGCAGCACUUCAUGAAGUUCAAAAACUCCUCUCGCGCACUCGUUCUCUAUGAGCCUCAGGACGAAGGAGCAUUCCAGAUGUUUGCCGACGUCUAUCUGUCUGCCAACCUGACCCACAAGCCCGGGUUCCGGUUCGCCACCAACAUCGACCCCAUCAUGUUCCGCCUCUUCGCCGCCCCCUCCUCCCACCUCGCCACCCACACACCCUAUGCUCAUGACGUCACCUCCCCUCCCCCCCCCUUUUCUCGCCCUGCUGCUGCCGUCAUCCCCCUACCUGCUGACAACCCGAUUCACAAUGUGACUCGUCCACCCUCCGCCUCCUCCUCCUCCUCCUCGUCCUCCUCCUCCUCCUCCCCUCACGCAUUUGCCAUCCUCACCAUCCAUUGGCUACCAGACAAUCCACUCCGCCCGCCCUCUUCCCCCGUCUACACUGUUCAGCUCGCCCCCUCCCUCCCUGCCGCACAACCACCUGCAACAGUGAUCGACAGCAACUCUUUGCCGGGCGGGGAACUUCUGUCUGCUUGUGAAGUGCAGAGUGGAGAGGGAGGUGGAACCGAUGGCGAGGGUAAGGGGAAAAUCAGUGAGUGGUUCAGUGAUGGGGGGGUUGGAUCUGGGCGGGUGGCAUCUGUGAGUGUGUUGGACUUGCCUCAAGGCAUGGAAGUGGAUUUUGGGGCGAUGAGCAACAGCCAGGCCACGCGUGGGGAGGGAGAGGGAGCGGGAGAGGGAAAGGGAGAGGGAGAGGGAGAGGGAGCGGGAGAGGGAAAGGGAGAGGGAGAGGGAGUGGGAGAUGGAGUGGGGGAGGGAAUGGGAGAGGGAAGGAGGAGGAGGGAAAGGAGGAGGGCUGGUGUGGAAGGAGUGGCUCUAGUGGUGAGUGAUGCAUGUGGCGGCCAUAUCCUGCUGUGGUUCGCUUAUGACUCUCUGACGCUCAGCCUUAUAUCGAGGAUAGACCUUCCAGAGCGAAUGAGGCGGAAGGCUGGUGGCAGGCAGCUCGCCUCAGUCGCCUGGAGCACAGUCGUCCUAGAGAAGCCUGCUCUUAACGGGGAUGGGGAGAGCGGCAGUGAACAGCAGCAGCAAUCUGGGACCCCAAGGCAUGGCCAGGACCAGGUGGGGGGAGUGGGUGCGUCUAAAGUGGUGGUGGUGGUGGGUGUGGAAGCGUACACGUCGAGUGGUAAGUCUGCUGCGGCUGAUUCCAUGGCACAAGGUGGUGGCCGAGCUAGGCAGAGGGCAGAAGAGAAUCUAUGGCAGAGAGAAGCAGGGAAGGAUGGGGGCAAGGCGGAGAUUGGGGGGGACAGCAGCGAUGGAGGGGGCAGGGAGAGCCGGAGGGAGGCGCCGCAGAAAGCAAGACGACGCAACCUGGAUGGAGGGGGGAGGGAGAGCGGGAUGGCAGCAGCAUGUGGGCUCAUGGGUCGAGUGGUCGUGUUCUCUCUGCCCCCCCUACCUACUCAUGCAUAUGGUUCCCCCCGGAUAGGGAUGAUGGUGCUGCCAGCGUCCCAUCUGCGGCUGUCGGCCGUCCGUUCUGCAUUUCGAAGCUCUUGCCGUCACUGUCCAUUCCUCUUGCCAUUGCUGCCACACAAAGUACCUCAAGCAAUACAACAGAUAGCCGCAGCAGCAGCAGCAGCAUCAUCAGCGGCAGCAGCAGCAGCAGCAGUAUCGGAAUAAGCAGCAGCGGGGAUGUGGUCGUGGAUGCAGUGGUGGCAUUCUCCGUCGUGGGCUCGCACACCAGAGGGAAGGGCAGUGGGGUGGAUACGCCUGACGGCCUCGCCACCGAUCAUGGCACAGGCGGCCCUGCAGGGCACGAGGCAGUGCAGCCGGGCGACGACGCAGGCGAUAGAGCAGCGGUGCACGAUGAAGCGGGCCCUCUGCUGUACGUGCAUCAUGUGGCCCUGCGCCUUCCCAUCCACGCUCUCUUGCGCGCUGCACAGCACAUGCCAGAGGAGGCUGUGGAGAUAGCGGAGGACGGGGAGGUGUCAGUUGACCCCCUGCUGCACGCCGUGCCUCAAGUGCGAGUCACGCCUCCACCCAAUGUCGUCCCAGUGCCCUUUGCUCGAGGCUCCAUGCCAGCUGUCAGCAUGGCAUUGGCUGCUGGGGAAAAAGGGGGUGGCGACGAGGAGGAGCCACACGUGCUGCUGCUGCACACGGACGCCUUCUGCUGGAACUCCUUCGCCCGCCACGACACCCCGCUAGGGUCCCCUCAGGUGUGCGACCUCCCGCACACCAUAUUCGGGGCCUCUCAGCCCGGCAUCCUCGCUUACACCUAUGGGCGCCUCUCCACCCUGCACUCCCGCCUCGCUGCUGCGGCACACGCCCUCCCGGCACCUCCUUCCAGCCCCCCAGCACAAGCAGCCCCCCAUUCGCCACCAUCCAACGCCAUGGUGGCAUCAGCGUGUGACAGCUCUCUCCUGCACGGCACGUACGACCAGGGGGCCGGGGCUCCUGCUGCUGCCCUGCUGCUGCUCCCACGCACAUGCACCCAGGGGAGAAAGCAUGGGGGUGAGGAGAGAAGUGAGGAUGAAAGUGGGAGGUGGAAGGGGUAUGGGGGUGGGAGAUGGAGGGGGUAUGAGAGGGGGAGUGGAAGGAGGAGUGCAGGUGGAGGGGUUGGGGAUGGAUGUGGUGGAGGGGAGGAGAGGGAGGAGGUGGUGGCAGUAGCAGUGGCAGUGCACAAGGGGUUGGCUAGAGGGGGGCUGAACAACUGCGGCGAUCCCAUGCCUGCCCCCGGCCUUGUGCUGGACGUGUGGGAGAUGCCGCAGUUGGUGGACUGAACAGAUGCCUUGGUGCUUCUGAUGGUGACACCUGAGGCGAUGCUGAUGCCAAGAUUUCAGGCCUGCUCUGGGCGUGGUGCUAUGCUGGAUGUGUGGGAGGUGCCUCAUCCAACGGACUGAUGGCUUCAUGGUUUUGAGACGUCCGGACUGAUGCCCGGACUGACGCCCGGACUGACUCCCGGACUGAUGCCCGGACUGACGCCCGGACUGACGCCUGGACUGAUGGCCUGCCCAGCCAGUCGAGCAUGGACCAUGGCAUGAUGACACCUGUGAUGUGAUUUUCCAUGACUAGGUGGUGGUGCAGUGUAGCCCAUCAAUCGUGGUGCAUGUGGCUGGCACUUGUUCCGAGCCUUAUCCUUGUGAUCACAUCACAUGUCCUCUAGUGUUUUGACCUGCUGUUUUGUUGCCCUAACACCUCCAUUGCCCCUCAUUGCCUCAUGUUCGAAUGGCAUGAGCUGCCAAGGCACCUGUGGAUGGAAGGAUGCAUGAUG